AUGAACGCCAGGGACGGCUACCGACUCUUAGGCAUCGCUCUUGUAGUCGACGACAUCAGCAAAGGUUGUAAUCUAGCCUUUCGAUAUCCUUCAUCAUCAAGUGACAAUACAUCAAGUUUUCAAACGCUUCCUGCGCCAUUAUUAGCCAAAUUGUUUCGUCCAAAGAAUGCACUUUGCAACGCCAGUUUCGAGCUCGUGGUCGACGAUCUACGUUUUGUAAGUCAUCCAGUGCUUGUUUCGCGGCGAAUUUUAGCUGCAACGUCUGUGGAUAGUUCGGGAAUUGGUAUCACACAGAUAAAUAGCUCUGCAUCGUCAGCAUUAGCACCUUCUACAGGUUUAGAGCAGUCAUCCAAUAGCGAUGAUGGUACAACAGGAAACGAGACGACAAUGUUUAAUAUUAUCUUUGCACUCGAAGAUCCUCCACCACAAAUGUCAAAAGUCAAAGUUUCAAAUGGAUUUAUGAAUACGCAGCUGCUUCCUUUGCAACAGACUGAUGAAGAGGAAUUUCAGGCCAGAAGACAAAGCAGCGCUCAAGCAUUUCAAACAGUAGCAGCUCAGCUGGCUAAUGGACUUUUGCACGAAGAAAUUCGAGUAGGUUAUGUGUCAAAAGAAGUGCGUGAGUUGCUGCAAUUACGAGAUGAAUUGGCACAAAGUGAACGUAAUACAGGCAGUACUAACAAUGGUAUUCCAGGAACGAGUAAUGGGAAUACUUCUUGUGUAGCUGCAGCAAAUACGACGAAUGGAAGUAAUAUUUCAAACAAUAACACUACGACAAGUGGAUCACAUCAUCAUCACCACAGAAAAGAUGGAGAAAAUGGAACAUCAACAGUUGAAGUGGAUCCACAAACAUUAAUUGACGUGUCGUUAGGAAAGAGUGUACUCGCAAAUGAAUUAAAGAAGAUUUUUCAUGGAUUAAAAGAAACUGGAGCUGCUCAUGUUGUGCUUAAUGGAUGGGUGAAAUUAUCACUUACUUUAACAGAUGCUGUAACAGUACAAUUGGAAAGUUUACGACCAUAUCACACACUGUUAUUGCUGACCGACAAGAAUAGUAUUCUUUCCAAACUUCCGAUUGAUCAUGCGCGACAAUUGCGAUUACUAGUGGAAACUGUGAAUCCUUUGAAAAGCUUUCAAGAUAUUGCUCAUGAUACUGAUAUGCCUAUUCAUCAGAUCUUUCGAUUAGCAGCUCAUCUCGUUUAUUGGGGAUAUGGACGAAUCGUAGACGCUUUGACUUUAUACAACAUAUAUCAAGUUCAUGCUAAAGCAGAUUUGCACAUUGCAUCACCUCUGGCACAGGAAUUUCGUCGAAAAUUUGCACCUUACGAGCUUGGUGAAGUUCUGUCAACCUUUUCAGGUUCACGACGUAUUGGAGAACAUAUGAAAUCGUUGUCGACAGCAAAAAAGACGGAGUAUAUUCACAUGCUGAUUUGGCUUCUUCAGCAACGUUUUAUUGUUCAACUUCAUCGCUAUGUGUACUUCAUGAUACCAUCCGAUGAAGAUUAUACUACCAAAGACAAUAACGAUGCACCUUCAUCAUUCGGCAGCUCUCCUGCUGUGUCUUCAAGCCUUCGACGACAGCAAGGAAAUAUUAUUAUGACCAACCCAAGUGUUCCAGGUGAUGUAGCUAUGGCACGAACUCCGCCGUUGAAUCCAGUGAUUGCGGCACCAGCUCAUCUGUCAGAAUCGCCACGAAAUACUUCGGAUGCAUAUGAUAGUACUGGCUUACCGAUGGCACAAGUUGUGAGCAUGACAAGUCACUUAUUAUUUACAGACCAGGAGCGUGCGUAUUUGGCGAAAAUUGCGAAACCCAAUCCAGUCUUUACACUUUUUAAAAGACUUUGCGUUUAUUUUCAUGGCGAACAUCAUAUUGAAGAAAUUAUGUGGCGCGAAAAUCUUUCGCGUGGUGAACUACGCACAGUAAUGAGCACGUAUCAAGAUAUCAUCGUUUGUUGUCUUCAUGAGUGA